AUGGCAAAGAUUUGUACUGGCACGGCCUCGCUACCCUUUUCGAGGGCUGCACACAAGGAAAUACUGUUUACUGGCAAUUAUUUAACCCGAUCGUGGGCCCGUCGGUUUGUCCUUGGCACCUUGCUGCAGUCUUACGAGCCAUCUCCUCCUGACAAAGACAUCAACCACGUCUCUGAUCUUCUGAAGGGCGUAGCUAGCGAGACGAGUGCGAAAAAGGUGUCCACAGCAGAAAUUGAGGCGGCGCUGCUGAAAGCUCAGCGGGUGCUAAGCAAUGCGUGGGGUAUCCCUGUCAAGCCGUUAGAUAGUGUUAGUGAGAGGCGUAUUUUUCGGCUCUUAGCUCGGUACGCCUGUGGCGAGGGUCUUCUUUCUGAUGAAGCCCUCGACGAACUUAACGCGGCUGUUAAUCGUAUACCUGGCGUGCUAUGGCAGCUCGAGGACUUAUCUAAUAUGGAGCGACUGCUUGAAUGUGUUGGCUACGUAAAGCGUGGCGAUAACCUUCGGCGGAUUGCCUACGCUGGUGAGCUACACUACGUCCCGCAGGCUCAUGGGAUGAUAAUGCCAUACCUAGCGGAUGUUUUGCAGCGUGACGGUGGUGAUCAACACGAUGAGAUUCGUAGCCUGUGCCCUGGUCCUGCCUACGCCAUUGACAGUGCUUCAACCAGCGAAGUAGAUGAUGCCAUCGGUGUGGAAAUGGACCCGGAUACUGGCAAAGAAAUCUUUACAGUGUACAUCUCUGAUGCGACAGUGUACUGCCCUAUUGAUAGCCCACUGGAGAAGGUGACCGCGCGGCUUCUGUCGACGACAACGUAUCUCCCUGAAGGAGUGUUCUUUAUGCUACCAAAGAGCAUUUUGGAGGUGGCAACGCUGCGUGAGGACAAGCCCUGCCGCACUUUCAACGUGAGAUUCCAAGUUGAUGAACAAACUGGAGAGCUAACAAAAUUCUCCAUCUCCCUGGGUUGGCUGCAGCGAUUGCGGCGCAUCACAUACGAUCAGGUCCAGCAGCUGCUCACUGACGACAUGGGGCAGGGUGACAAAGGGCUUGAGUCGACGGCGAGUCUGAAGUCGCAUCCACCCCCUGCGUGGCUGACAUCGAGCGACACACGUGUACUCCGUCGCAUUUAUGACGUGGCCCAGAUUCGCUUUCGUGCUCGUAUGGCGCGGACAGCGGCCAACCAUACGUCAAGCAUCAGCAACUGCCUUCCCGAUCCGCUGAUCAGGGUUGAUGAGCUAAGGGUUGUGUCGCACACAGACCAAAUCGUCUGCACGCAGGACGCCCGCCUUGCAGUGGCGGAGAUGAUGAUUGCAGCCAAUGAAGUCUGCUCACGCAUCGCGCAGGCGAACAAGCUUCCGAUCCCAUACCGCGGUACACGGAUACCAUCCAGUGAACAUGAGCUGGCUCUUGGGUACACGGAGCCGGAUGGAGUUCUAUUGAUGCCAUCGCUGGAUCCCACUCACACGUACACAGCGGAGCAAAUACAACUCUCCAUCAGGCAGCUGAGCGCCGUUACACGGGCUAUUUACCACCAUGUCCCGAUUUACCACGUUGGGCUCGACACAACUUAUUAUACACACAGUACAAGCCCACUUCGCCGGCACGCUGACAUGCUCGUGCAUCACCAGCUUAAGGUAUGGCUCUGGUCUCAGACACAGGAGCAGAGGAUUCACAAGUUUUCAUCAAUCUUUCGAAAUCAUUCGAGUCGCUUCAACUCUCACCAAUUCAUUCCUGAACACGCAAUGGCAACCCUCUGCAUGAAUAUGAGUAUCAAGCAAGAACAGGCAAGUCUCCUGCAGGACAGCACAACGCGAUUCUGGACGCUAUGCUACAUUCAGCAGCUCCUCCUCGACUACCAUGGCAAGGAUGGAGAGAGGCAAUUUAUGUGUCUUGUUGGUGAAACUAAGGACGUGAUGGCAUCGCCAGAGUAUAGUCGUUUCGUCCCUACUGCUGGCCGCAACUUUGCAGCGCUGCGUUCCCGAGAGCGCAAUCCAGCGCUGGAAAUCGAAGUGACCCACGGCAGAGGUUCUGAUCUUCCAGAAUCAGUAAACAGUCUCCAUCAGUCGACGCCAGAGUAUCGCUACAUAUCGAAGCUGUAUCUUCCCGAGCUUCAGCUGGUGCACACUCUUUUCCACAAUAACCCUUCUGUUUUGGUGGGCGCCAUCGCAGAGUGUCGCGUCACGCGUGUGGAGCCAACACAGGGAGUUGUGGAGUUUGAGGUAGUCACGGUGCGGGAGAAAAAAGAUGAACGAAUUCUUGAAAAUGUGUGGAUGAGUGGGUUGGUGUCGCAUCUAGACUCGUAG